AUGGCAGAUGAGAUACUUCGCAAUUCAGCAGCGUUGAACGCUCUCAAGAGACAUCAGCUUGUAUCACUAUCAAAGAGGUAUGGUCUGAAAGCCAGUGGGAAAAACGUUGAUCUGGUACAACGACUGGAAGAUUACGCUAUUUCUCAUUGUCGCGAUUUAGACUUUUACAUACCUUCACCAGCUCCUACUCCAGGUCCAAACAUGUUCUCUGACCCACCAGUUUCUGAGCCACCGACACCAUUUGCUUCUCAUUCUUUUCAUCCUCAUUCAACUUUCCCUUCUUCUCUUGCGCCCACGCCUCUCAAACAUAAAGAGUCGAUGAUGAGCGUUCAGUCUCGAGCUUCUGACGCCUGGGAGAUGUUGAGUGAAAGUGGAGCAAGCUUGGUCUCACCCAAAAAGAUAGAGAAACAGGGAAUGGCCAAAUCUAGUAGUGUCAGUAGUUGGAAAAGCGCGAAUAAUGGUGAACCAAUUGACGAAUUUGGAGGCCAUCAUAAUGAGCAAGUGUCCUCAACAAGCUCUAUGAAAGCUUUAGCUGCUUCUCUUACUAGACGAGGAUCACGAAUUCUCCUUGGAAGAAGUAUUUCUGCUUCAUCGCAUCUCAGUCAAGCAGCAGAAUCCCACGUUCCAGACGACCGACCAAAUCAACGGGACGAAGAAGAACAACAAGUUGAAGAAGUAGUAGACACUAUUCCCCCAUCACCGGCUUCGACUGUUGGUGUACCAAGAAGGCAUUCCAGAAUCACUUUACUCGAAAGACCAAGUACUGUCCGCCUCUGCUCACCGACACCUGCUUCGCCGACAUUUGAUGCACAAUCGGAUCAUGAGGAAGACGAAUUGCCCUUCUUCGGUAAAGCCGGCACCAGUCAGCAUCUGAAAGAGAGAAGAUCGAUGGCACCAUUAAGAUCUUCCUUGGGCUCAACAGCAGCUCUCACUCAGAAUGGAUUGAGUAGAAAAUCCAUGCCAGCUUUGCCAAGUUCAACAUCAGCAAGUAUAGCAUCUAUAUAUCCCCCACUACCAAUAAGCUCAACACAAUAUAUGCCGGCCGCUCCACAGUCUAAUCAUGUUCCCGGAUCUUUCCCUUCAUUCCGACCGACACCUAGUCAAAUUGUAUUCGGCUCAAACACAGAAACUGGGGUUAGUAACAAGCAAUUCUCAGAAGCAGCUCAAGCUAUUCUGAGAGAAAUGAAUGCGAAACUACCUGAUGGCGGAAUAGUAUUUGGUGAAGAGUUGUUAAAGGGAAAGAAGGCUGAGAUUGAUAAGUUGGUAUCAGUGAACAAGGAACUGAGUAACAGUACAGGAGGUUGGGGAUUGGGUAGUUUGUCAGCAUCAACGAAGGAUAGAUACGCCGAAGCUCAUCAAAAGGAAUUCGCAAAGAUGCGAUCAAUCUCCAAGACUUCCAUUGCCCUUCAACCGAGUACAUCGAGACAGCCAUCCUCUUCAUCGGUCCUCAAGUCAUCUCAUGACAUGCCUGCUCCUCCCACUGCAGGUAAGAGGAAGCACGAUCUCACUUCCUCUGUUUCUAGCAGUCAUCUCAUCCCUUCAGCUCCCAAUGGUGCACCCUUGACUGUGUCCAUCUCCAACGAGACGCGACAAGCCAAACGGUCUCGACUCUCAAACGGUCCUAAUUACCUUGGAUCUCUUCGUGAUGCAGGAAGGAGUAUCGCAAAUCUACUUGGUGAAGAGAAAGGGAAGUCCGGUGAUGAUAUGUUGAAGAAGAUGAAAGAAAGAAGGGAAAAGAGGAGAUCCAGUCUCAUCAAAUCAAAAGGACGAGGCAUCACAUCUCGAUUCGGCUUUCUUCGAAGUAAGAAAGCAUCAACUGCACCUGCGGCUCAUGCAACAAGCUCGACUUCCUUUGUCAUGUCACCUCCGAUUCCCGCUCCAACCAUGCCGAGGAAGACAUCAGUAUAUGCUCCAAGAGAACUCCCUCACGGCAAGAGACCAUUUGAUCUCGAAGCUUCCCUCUCACGUAAACCCACCGCUACUCGCAGACGUUCUACGGAUCUUAGCAACGUCAUCAAGCCUCAUCCACAGGUAUUGGAGAAUGUCAAAUCUCCUUCUGACAACUCAUGGAAACAUCAAAAAGACAGAGGGAGGUCUACAUCCGCUCAGACCAUGUUAAGUCAAAGUAGUUCUCAAACACCACGACGAGCCAGAAUCCCCGAUUUUGCGCCUGUGGUUAGCAACAAAGCCGCUUUGGGCUCGACAAAUACAUUGGGAUUACCAAAAUCUUCGUCGAUGUCAUCAAAUUUAGCAAUGUCAAGGAAAGCAUCACAAUCUGAAGUCAUACGAAAUGCUCGACCUGCUCCACCGCCUCCUUGCGGAAACUCCGGCUUGGGAUCAACAAGACCAAUGUCAGUCAACAGGUCUUCAACACUUUACCUGCCAACUGCAUCUUCCCUUGCUCGGAUGCAAGCUACGAUCAAACCUAACCCGAUCAGACCAUUACCUGUCUUGCCAUCUCCUUCCAUCACACCUCAAAUUUCAACUACAGUCCAACCGUUUGGUUCAGCUCAAUCAAGAGAAAACCAGCUUUUUGCAUCGAAUUUUGAUCUGGCGAAACCCAUGCAUCCACCAGCAACUACAUUGAAAGCCAAAAGAUCACAGCCUGCUAUAGCGAAAUCAUCCGCUGCGAGAAUUAGAGCAAGACAGUCUGGUUUGAGCGCAGUGAAAUCUAAAGGUAAUUUAAGGGAAGAAAUGGAAGUGAAAAGGAAGAGAUCGGAAAUGAGAGCCAGGACUGAAAGGAGAGAAGAGGAGAAAGGACUGAGGGAGAUGCUGGGUGAGGUACGCAGGUAG